AUGUUGAACACUGAAGGAGAGAGCACCGUUCAGAGUAGGGAGAAACCAUACACUGGUUCUGUGUGUGGACAAGGCUUCAGCCAAUCAACUGGCCUGUCAGAACAUAAACACAUUCAUAUCAAUGACAAGCCGUGGAAAUGUGGGCACUGUGGGAAAGAAUUCUUUCAUCCAUCAAAGCUGAAAAUUCAUUGGCAUAGUCACACCCGGGAGAGGUCAUUCACCUGUUCUGAGUGUGGGGAGGGAUUCACUCAGUCAUCUACCCUGCUGAUACAUCAGAGACUUCACAAUGGGGAGAAACCAUUCAUCUGCUCUCGAUGUGGGAAAUCAUCCAACCUGCUGAGAGACCAAAGAGCUCACACUGGGAAGAGGCCAUUCACUUGUACUGAGUGUGGGAAAAGAUUUAUCAAUUCAUCAAACCUAGUGACACAUUGA